UGGGAGUAGAGCGAGGCCGAGGCGCGCUAGUCAAAUGGAAAACGAUUGGAGCCGGUGCGCCGGCCGAACUUUGCGCCGGCUCGCGGGCCACGCCGGCUCACACGAACACACAAACAACCAUCCCGCGUGAGACGCGUGUAUAUGGUGGGUCCCGCAUGACUUUUCCUCUUCUUCCACCUCCAGCCCAUCCAUCGCAGCUCUGCUCCUCCACACAGCCUUCCCAGGCUGCUCGCAACCUCCAAAAGCUCUCAUCUGCGACGAGUGCUCACUGCGACGGCGCGCAACACCGCACCCCUCCUUCAUGGCCGGCGAGCCCCUCUGCCAUCCUCCUCCUCAAUUUGUAUCCGCGCUAGCUCCCCACGGCCAUGGCCGUCUACACCCCUCGGAUCUCAGCCAUGGCCUCCGCCCAACUACAGCUUCGAGUCCCCGCCGGUGAAGCUACGGAAGCAUCUAUCGGGGUGCUGCAAUCAGAGCUGUAAGCCUGCAACCACAGUCCACAGUGCACACGCUGAACGGCGAGCACGGGGCGGCGCUGCUCCUAGCAAAAAACUAAUGUCGCAAUUUUUGCUAAAUGCUUCAACCGGCAUAACAUUUUGCUACAACCGGCAUCGCAUUUUGCUACAACCGUCGUCACGUUUUACUACAAUACAUAGCCGGCAUCGCAGUUUUGCUACAACUAGCGCACUUUUUGCUACAACCGGCAUCACGUUUUGCUGCAUCCAUCACGACCAAGUUGUGACCCGCGACGGCAGCGAUGACAAUUUUGCGGCAAGCGUCGUAGUUUUUUGCUACAACCGACAUCACGUUUUGCAACAUCCAUUCUUUUUUCUAGAACGCAAUGGGUGCUACAUGCAGCGACGAGCUACAAAGGGCAACGACGAUGACAGACUUUUAUGCUGCAACCGUUUUCUCUGUUUGCUAUGACCGUGCAAUAGAAAGCUGCAAUGGGCGGCCAUGGGAGCCACAUGCCAGCGGCAACGGCAGACGUCGAGCUGCAACCGGCGGCAACAAGAACUGCAUCCAGCGGAGCUGCAACCGGCGGCAACAAGAGCUGCAUCCAGCGGAGCUGCAACCGACGACUGGUGUUGCCGGAGCCGCGGCCAUCACUAGCGAGGGGGAGCUGCAACCCACGGGCGAAGUUUUUGCUGCAUGCGUGGAUCUGGACGGCGGCGACUGGCGGCGAGUGUGGCAUCCAGCAGCACGGGAGUGGCGGAGAGAGGGGUUGCAGAUGAGGGGGUAGCGGCUGACGGGCCAGGGGGGCAGCCAGGCGACAUGGAGCCACGCUCACGCUGCGUGCGAAGAGGAUGAAGGAGAGAGAAAGAAGUCAACGCACAGAUCGGACGGCUGCUCGCUGGAUCGGGUGGCUGGGGUUGGACCGGCCGAACCGUUCGGGCCGGUGCGCCGGCGCCUAGCGUCGCCCUAGUCAAAUCGGCGAACAAUUUACACUCCUCGGCGAGAGUGCGAGAUGGCUGAGACGGAGGCCUACACGACAGAGUCACACAUGGAGGAGACGGAUGCGGACACAACGGGGUCAGAAACGGAGUCAUACACGACGGACACGGACAGCGUGCCGGAGCUCACGCCGGAGGAGAUGGCGCGGCUGCUGGAGCCAGACCCGGAACUCACGGACGACGAGAAGGCGCUGCGGGCCCUUCACCUCGUCUGCUGCAGAGAGCUCACCGAGUACGACCCCAAGUCGAAAGCCUAUGUCUGCACGCGCUUCUCCAGCUUCAACAUAGCCCUCUUUGACCUCGACGAAGAGUCCGAGGCUACCCAUGGGCCGCCGCUUCAGGAGCUAACCAAUUCUCAGUGGAGGUCAAUUCACGAGGCAUCUGUUAAUGUCAUCUCCUUGAAGGUAAUCCAGUCCGACGUGGGCUACCCGAUCAAUGUCUUUGGUACUGUUCUCGCACGGGAUGAGGUCGACUACAAAUGUGUCUACUUGUUCCGGCGCGAUAGGGAUAAUUCCCAGUACAUCGAGUCCCCGGAGGACAUGUUAACUCUGACAGGUCCAAGUCGAGGACUUAUCGUAUCAGAUACCAUAUUUUUUGAGAUCAACCUAAAGAUUAGGGGCAACGUAGUCACCGAUGACAAAGAUUUUAGCAAAGGUGUAAUAGAGCACUAUAUUGUUCCCUUGGCCAAGGGACCCAAGACUGAGCUCCUAACUAGCUGGCUGAGUACGGUAGAACUGGUAUUGGCGCCUGCUCCAUAUGCCGUGGCAGCUACCGUUAAAAUCAAUAUCUUGAAUGGGCCAUGUGAUCCUCCUUUCAGAGGCAAAGUAACUGCUUGGACCGCUGGAGAUGCUGAGACCCAUAUCAUUCUGCACGACUACGAAAACAAAGCGAUGGAUGAUUUUAGAUUAAUCAAAGAUGGUGGUUCGAUUGCUUUAAGCCGUAAUCUGGUGGCUGUCCCUGUCCCUAAUUCCUUGUAUGAUGAGUAUGAAGAAAUAGUGCUCACUGUUUGUUUUACUACCAGUGAUGAUGAGGAUGAAUGCACCUCGGUCACUCUACAAUACCCUCAGGAAGAGAAGGUUUGCAAUCACGGUUCCUAUGAGCUUAAAGUGGAGGUUACUUGGACAAGCAUUCUUGAAGGGCCGUUCGGCACAGAUAUUGACAAAAGAUGGAGCUCUGUGCCUCAAAAACUAUUAUUGUUCUAG